GCCUAAAAUAUAAAAUAAAAAUUUAAAAUAUAAUUUAAAAUAAUUAAGUGAACAUAUAAUUGAAAGUGUAAUAAAGACUUUUGAUAUUAAUUGAAUUUCGUCAAACGUUAUUUUAACGCAAAUUCAUUGGAAAGUCUGGGCGGAACGCCAUUACAAAUUUUUUUAAUUGAAGAUUUUUUUUUUCAAAGGAAUUUCACAAAAAAAAAUAGAAUUUUUUCAAUUUGUAUAAAAGCAAACAUUCGAAAGUUAAUAUAUUAAGUAUAGAAAAAUAAUUCUUAUUUGAAAUAUUUAACAUAAUUUUAAGUGUCGAAGAUAUAACUACUUGAAUUUUUCUUUUUUAAAUUUUUUACAAAUAGAAUACAUUUACAUUGUAAUAGAAAAAAAUUGUAUCUAAUGAUUUUGGUAUUUAUGAUGUAAAUAUAAAUACCAAACAUUUUGGGGGAAAGAAAUAAGCUAAAAAAACUGUGUAGAAGUUUAUAAGAAUGACAUUUGAUACCCGUGGUCAGCAAGCUGCAGAAUCUUCGGAAAUGAAUUCUGAUGCAUCUUCCUCUGGAGAAGGAGAAAUCUCUCCAGAAAAACUAAUUGCAUCAUUUCCAAUCACAAAACUAAGAACUCUUACCCAAAAAAUUUCAAAUCCUCGAUGGAUUGUGCCAGUUCUUCCCGAACAGGAACUAGAAUGUUUGCUAAAUGCAGCUAUAGAACUAACUUUGGCUGGUGUUGAUUAUGAUUGUGAAGCUUGUAUAGAAUUCUAUAGAAAUGCAAUGAUUACAUCAUUUGCCAAAAUUUUAACGGAUGAAGCGGUGAAUUCCUGGAAAUAUAAUAUACAUCACUGUAUUUUAAUGUCUUGCGGAAAGUUAUUACAAUUAAUAGCGAUUCAUAUGAAACGGGACAAUCCUUAUUUGUUAGACCUAUUGGCUAUGGUUUUAGAUCCAGAAAAUAAGUUUAACACCUUUAAUGCAGCUCGGCAGCCAGAAUGUUUUGGACCAGAGGCACCUUGGGGUGAAUUAGAUGAAAAUCAAAUGUUUGCAAAAACUCCAAGUGAAUCAAAAAAUCCUAGAGGGUGGCUAGUUGAUUUGAUAAAUCGUUUUGGGCAGUUCUACGGUUUUGACUAUUUGUUAGAAAGAUUUAAUGCUGGUGUGGCUUUAUUGAAAAGUUCAAAUGAAAAUGAAGAAAAGGAAAAAAAUAAAAAUUUCAAUAUAGAUUCAAAUAGUUUAAUAGAUGAUAAGCUAUCAUUACCAUUAAUACACGCACUUUUGCGUCCAUUCGGCCAAUGCUAUGAAUUGGUUACACCAGCCACAAUCGAAAAAUAUUUUAUGCCCAUUUGGAAAGUAGUUUUGGAACUUUUAGACAGUUUGUCGGACGAUGAACUCAAAAGGGAAGCUAAGCCAGAAGGUCGUAGCGAUCAUAUAAAUGGAAUUGUUAAAGCUGCAAGAUGUUUAGCAAGUCGUCUACAAAAUCAAGAAAAUCUAAUACGUGAUUUAGAAAUGUUUCGAUUAAAAAUGAUAUUGCGCUUACUUCAAGUGUCUAGUUUUAAUGGGAAAAUGAAUGCUCUAAAUGAAAUAAAUAAAGUUUUGACUACAGUAGCAUACUAUUCUCAUCGAACAACGCAGCUGCACUGUCUACCCGAUGAAGAUAUGGAGUGGCUUACUGCCGAACGCAUGGCUACAUGGAUAAAAGAGAAUGAUGUGCUAGGGAUAGUUCUAAAAGAUUCCUUGCAUCAGCCACAAUAUGUUGAAAAAUUAGAAAAAAUAAUUAGAUUCCUAAUAAAAGAGCACGCUUUAACGUUAGAGGAUUUGGAUGCGGUUUGGAAAGCUCAAUCUGGAAAACAUGAGGCUAUUGUCAAGAAUGUACAUGAUUUGUUAGCAAAAUUAGCAUGGGAUUUCAAUCCGGAUCAAUUAGAUCAUCUAUUUGAAUGUUUCCAAGCAAGUAUGACAACUGCUAAUAAGAGGCAAAGGGAGCGUCUUUUGGAAUUAAUCCGAAGACUUGCAGAAGAUGAUAAGAAUGGGGUUAUGGCUCAUAACGUAUUGAAGUUAUUUUGGACUUUGGCCCACAGUGCUGAAGUACUUCCGGAGGUAUUAGAUCAAGCUUUGGCAGCUCAUGUGAAAAUUUUAGACUACAGUUGUUCGCAAGAGCGAGAUGCUCAAAAAACUGUAUGGUUAGAUAAAUGUGUUGAAGAGCUUAAGUCAGGGGGAAGUUGGGUUUUACCAGCACUUCGUUUAAUUAGGGAAAUUUGUUGUUUAUAUGAAUCAUCAGCAAGUCAUGCACCCCGUGCUCAUCAAGCCAUGAAUAGACAACAAGUUAUAGAACGCCUGCAAAAUGAUUACUCUUUAGUUAUAUUAGUUACAAAUAGUUUGACCUCUUACAUGGAUAAAGUUCGUAACAUUGUUAAAGAUAACCCGGAAAUGAAGCCUCAGAAUAUUUGCAUUGAUGGUCGUUAUCCUCAUCCCCAACAGAUUCAGGAACGUUUAGACUUUUUAAAAUUUUUACUUAAAGAUGGUCAGCUUUGGUUAUGUGCUGAUCAGGCAAAACAAAUUUGGCAUUGCUUAGCUGUGACUUCUAUAUUCGCAAGCGAUCGUGAAGAAUGUUUUCGUUGGUUUGGAAAAUUAAUGGGUGAAGAGCCAGACUUAGAUCCAGGCAUAAAUAAAGAUUUUUUUGAAAAUAAUAUUUUGCAACUUGAUCCGCAAUUAUUAACUGAAAGCGGAAUCAAAUGCUUUGAAAGAUUUUUUAAGGCGGUCAAUUCGAAAGAAGAAAAGUUGAAAUCUAGCCAUCGUGGUUACAUGUUAGAUACCGAAGAUUUGAUCGGAAAAGAUUAUUUGUGGCGAGUAAUAACAAAUGCUGGUGAGAACAUUGCGUAUAAAGCAAUAGAACUACUGAUUGAGGUGUCAACAGCGUUGGGUCCUCGCUUGCAAGCAAAUAUAAGCGAAUUCCAUGAACUUUUUAUUGGAGAGUGCUGUGAUCGUCUUAAAAGUCAUUAUGACAACAUAAUAAUUUUAAGUAAAACAAUCAACGAUGAUAAUUCAUUGACUUCAUCAACAACAAUAACUGAAGAAGAUCCAAGAUCUAAGGACGUCAAAAUGCGUUUUAUUGAAGCUGAAAAAAUGUGCCGUAUUGUGAAAGUAUUACAGGAAUACAUUAAAGAGUGCGAUAGGUCAUUUACUGGUGAUCGUUACAAACUGCCUUUAAGUAGAGCUAGCCGUGGUAAAUACAUGAAUUUAUAUAUAAGAUUCCAAAAUCCAGGGAGGCCUAUAGACGAUAUCGAAGUAUCUACACAUAAUAAUGAGACUGUAAUUUCUUUUAAAAAGAACUUAUUAAAACGAAUUAAAGGGACCUCGACAGCAAAUAUUAAAGUAGAUUUGUAUUAUAAUAACGGAGAAUUGAUUGAAAUUACUGAUGAUAGGUCUCCACUCUCUCACUUUACAAUAAGAGAUAAAAUGAUAAUAACUGCGAAAUUAACACCCAUUGGAGCUGGAUUAGCAAGUAGUCCAGAUAGUACAAGUGAUUCAAGUAUAGGUUCGCCUCCCCGACCAUGCCCUGAUAUGCAGAGGCCAGAAUCAGAAGCAACUUUACCAGGUGUAAUUAUUUCACAAAAACCUCACUAUACAGAGUUUUUCCUUAAACUUUACCAAUCUGGUAGUGAUUUACAUCAUGGAAAUUUACGCGAUAGUAUUAGAGCUUUAUUACAUUUAUUACCCAUUGAUAGAUAUAUUGUACGUCAGUUACACAUUAUGUGCAAAUUUCGCAGUAAUGUUUCAGUUUUAAAUGUAAAUACAAAUAAUGAAGUAACAAUUACGGGUGAUCAACUUCAGCAGCAACCAUCUUCCAAUGCGCCUUCACCUGAAUCAUUGUUCUUGCAUGCUACUCCUGCCCAAGUGUUAUAUAAUUUAGAAGUUUUGCAUGCAAUUUUGAUACCAGCUUACGAUUUGUGCAAUGAAGUAACGCAACAUAUGCAAAUAGCAUGGUUACAUUCUGGUGUCGCCCAUUUUAUUUUAGAUUUGUUAACCAAAAAUAAUUUUUUACCCAAUGUCGAUAUGCAUACAAAAAGAGCUGCUUUUCAGUGUGUUUUAAGGCUUGUGAAAUUAUUUUUAUAUAUCGUUGGAUGUGUUCUAAGUCGAGUUGGCAAUGAACCAAAUUUGUCUGACUUCGAUGAAACAGCAAAUCGUUCUCAAGUUGAAAUUUUAAAGCAAGUUUUGACAUCUAUCCCUGGAAGCUCCGAGCAGACUUUGAAAAUAGUUUCAACAAAAUUGGCGGAAAGUUUAGCUGCGGAAAUGUUGUCAGCAAGUGCUGAAGGUACAAGGUGCCGAAUGUUAUUUGGCUCUGCGCUUAAAUGGGUUUGCCCAGAUUUACCAACUAUAAAAGCCAUCGUUAAUUUGGCAUGGGCUGCUUCCACCGGAAAUUUAAAAAAUUUGGGGACUAAAAAUGACUUCAGUGAAAUCAAUUCCAUGCCGGAAUCAUUAGAUUUCGCCUUAUGCAAAGAAGCUUUGGAAGUGUUAACCAUAAGUUUAGUUUUGAAUCCAAGUGCUAAUGAAAAUUUAAGUAAAGAUCCUAUGUGGCCGAAAUUUAUUACUUCACUAGUACUGAUGAAUCCAUCAAGGCAUGUUAGGCAAGUAGCAUCCGAGCAAUUAUUUUUGAGCUGCACAUAUUGCGCUGCUGAUAAGAAACCGUUUGGCUUUAUGGUUAAAUUAUUAGUAUCCUCUUUACAAAAUUUAGUACCAGAAAAUGCUAGCACGUGUGCAGAUUAUUUUCAAUUGUUAUGCCGAUCAUUAAAUUAUGGAAACAUGUGCAAUUGGCCUUUAACAAUUGGCGACGGAUUAUUGUCACAAGAAAUAAAUUGGUUAAGAGCUGUUCGGGACAACGUUAAAAAGACUGGGGACCCGCAGGUGCACGAAGAUCUUCUUGAGGGUCAUUUAAAUUUAGCUAAAGAAUUAUUGUUUUAUCUUGUGCCUGAUUUGAAAUUGCAACUCAAUGAAUUGAUUGUGGAAUUAAUAGAUGAUUUUUUGUUUCCCGCUUCACGUCAACAUUUAUAUUUGAAGCAAACAGGAAACUUAAAAAAUUACUUUCAUCCACCUCCUGUGUGUAGAAGUCCACAUACGAUAGCUGCAGCGUGCGAUUUACUAGUAGCGCUUUGUCAAAAUUGUGUUUCAAAUAUGAAACUUUUAGUAACCACUUUAAUUGAGAUAAUUAAUGAAACGGAACCGUUGCGAGAAUGGGAAUAUCUUCCACCCAUCGGCCCACGUCCUCCAAAAGGAUUUUGUGGACUAAAAAAUGCAGGCGCGACAUGCUAUAUGAACUCAGUCCUUCAGCAAUUAUAUAUGGUACCAUCAAUUAGGGUCGGAAUAUUAGCAGCCGAAGGUGCAGCUACCGAUUUUGACGAGGAUUUUAGCAGUGAAUCUGAGUCAUCGCCAAAUUUUGAACAUUGUGAUUCAGCAAGUAACAGGAAGUCUUAUCAUAUAGGGAUACUUAAGUAUGUUCAGGCAAUUUUUGCUCAUUUAGGGCAUAGUGCAUUGCAAUUUUACGUUCCACGUGGCUUAUGGACACAUUUUAAACUGCAAGGAGAGCCAGUUAACUUAAGGGAACAGCAAGAUGCUGUUGAGUUUUUUAUGUCUCUAUUUGAAAGUCUUGAUGAAGGUCUAAAAGCUUUAGGACAUAAUCAGUUAAUGGGAGCCACAUUAGGCGGUUGUUUUAGCGACCAAAAAAUAUGUCAGGAGUGUCCGCAUAGAUAUUCUAAAGAAGAACCAUUUAGUGUUUUCAGCGUUGAUAUUAGAAAUCAUAGUUCACUAACAGAAUCCCUUGAACAGUACGUUAAAGGAGAGUUAUUAGAAGGAGCUGAUGCUUAUCAUUGUGAUAAAUGUGAUAAAAAGGUGGUUACCGUCAAACGGCUUUGUGUUAGAAAACUACCACCAGUAUUAGCAAUUCAGCUCAAACGAUUUGAAUAUGAUUACGAAAGAGUUUGUGCUAUUAAAUUCAAUGACUAUUUUGAAUUUCCUAGGUCAUUAGAUAUGGAGCCGUAUACAGUUUCUGGAUUAGCAAAAUUAGAAGGUGAAGUUAUAGAUAUAGAAGAAGGUUUAGAUGAUCAAACUGCUGUAACAAAAUAUGAUUUAACUGGAAUUGUUGUCCAUAGUGGGCAAGCAUCUGGCGGACAUUAUUUUAGUUAUAUUCUUCAUAAGGAUCCAAAAACUGAAAAAGGUACAUGGUACAAAUUUGACGAUGGUGAAGUCACCGAAUGUAAAAUGCACGAAGACGAAGAAAUGAAAGCUCAGUGUUUUGGUGGCGAAUAUAUGGGUGAAGUUUACGACAAUACCUUAAAGCGAAUGCAAUAUAGGCGUCAAAAACGAUGGUGGAACGCAUAUAUGUUAUUUUAUACACGUUGUGAUCAAAAACCUCUUCAAAUAGAACCAUGUAUUGAACAACUUUCAUUAGCAGAAAGUCGCAAUUUGGUCCUACCAAUGCCUAAACCAAUAGAAAAGAGUGUUCGAAUUCAAAAUAUCCGAUUUUUACAUUCGAAGACCAUAUUCUCCCCAGAAUUUUUCAAUUUCAUAAAAAAGCUUGUUAGCUGUAAUGUGUCAUCAUCUCGAGGAGAAAAAUUGGCUUUAAUAAAUUCAGAAGAUUUAUCGCUACUAGGAAUACAGUUAGCUUCUCAGUUUCUUUUCCAAUUCGGGUUUAGAACUAAAAAAUCGUUGCGUGGUCCAGCUAUUGAUUGGUAUGAUUCACUAUCUCAUCACAUAAGACUUUCCUCGAACGUACGUCGAUGGUUUGCUCAAUAUGUUUUACUAAACUCUCCUAACAGGCUAUCUGAGUAUAUAUUAGCCGCACAAUCACCUGAAGUUCGAACUGUAUUUGUUAAAUUAAUAGUAUUCUUUUGUCAUUUUUCACUUGUUGAUGAACCAUUACCAGGCUUUGAUGGGAACUAUAUAUGCGAACAAGUUUUGAUUAGUAUUCUUCAGUUACUUAAGUCUGAAGUUCCUGAUCAUGGAAAACAUUUGGCGCAUUAUUUUAGUAUAUUUAGUAUGUAUGCUGGUCUUGGUAUUAGAGAGAAAUUACAAUUGCUAAAGUUAAACGUGCCUGCCAUUUUUAUGCAAGUUGCUUUAGAUGAAGGGCCUGGCCCUCCAAUCAAGUAUCAAUACCCGGAACUUAGUAAACUACAUCAAGUAGUUUCUCAUUUAAUUCGAUGUAGCGAUAUAUCAUCAAGAUGUCAAAGUUCUACACAAAAUUCGAAACCGUUGCCAAAUAUAUAUGGUGAACCCAAUGCAAGUAAUUUAAUGUGUCUAUCAGUUGAAGCUACGGAACUUUUAUUUGGCAGAACUAGUUACGUUAAAAAGUUAAUUGAAGAUGUAAAUGUCGGCGAAGAAGGUCUAAAAUUGUUACAAUUUUGUAGUUGGGAAAACCCACAUUUUUCGCGUUCUGUUUUAACGGAGCUCUUAUGGCAAUGUGGUUUCGCUUAUUGUCAUGACAUGCGACAUCAUACUGAAUUAUUGUUAAAUGUUCUUUUAAUUGAAGAUUCUUGGCAAAAUCAUAGAAUACAUAAUGCCUUAAUGGGUGUGGCAGAAGAAAGAGAAGGUUUAUUAGAUACGAUACAAAGAGCCAAAACUCAUUAUCAAAAAAGAGCGUAUCAAAUUAUAAAGUGCUUAGUUCAACUUUUUAGAAGAAGUAACGUUGCGUUAGCCAUGUUAAAUACAAAUCCUAUGAUUACAAGACAUUGGGCUGUAGCAGUUGAAUGGUUACAAGAUGAAUUAGAACGCCAAAGGGGAAUCGGCUGCCAAUAUAAUUAUUCAUGGUCACCUCCAGCCCAAAGUAAUGACAAUACAAAUGGUUACAUGUUGGAAAGAUCCCAAUCGGCCAAAAACAUUUUGGCGUUAGCAUAUGAAUUGUGCCCAGAAGAAGAUCAAGAAGAAACCAAUGAGUCAGACGUAGAGCAAGGUGAAGAUGUUUCAAUAAGACCCCCACAGCAGCAGCAAUUACAACAACAGCAACAACAGCAACAACAGCAGCAACAACAGCAACAACAUCAACAGGUUCAACCGCAACAGCAGCAACAACAACAACAACAGCAACAACAACAGCAGCAACAACAGCAACAACAACAGCAACAACAACAGCAACAACAACAACAACAGCAACAGCAUCAAAUUAUUUCUAAAGUAAGCGAAGCUGAACGGCCUGUUGUAAAUCCAACUGUAAUAAUGGUACCAACUGUUGUGUCUGCAAAGCAAGUGAUGAAAGUUAAUUCAGAAAGCACUUCGACUAUAGUAGCUCUUAAUCAAGGAAAUUCAAGUGAAAAUCUUAAUACAAGCAUGAGUCAACUAAGUAUAAAAAAUCCAUCCCCUCCAACUAUUGAAGGAAAUACAUCUGAAGUGACAAAUGAAAAAAAGGAGAAUAUUGUAACAGUAGCCGAACUUGAUACAUCAACAAUUACUACUACUGCUACCAAUAAUUUUGUGGACAACGAUAAGAAAACAGAUCUUAAUAAUUAACGAAUAAGAAUUACUGAAACUUGUUGAAACAAAGAAGCAAAAGAAAUUUAAAGAAAUCAGAUCAAUUGAUCGAUUGUCUAGUGGAUUUUCAGCAUUUUAAACAAAAAAUUAUAAUUAAAUAAAAAACCUAAAAAAAAAAACAAAAGUAAAAACUUUAAUUUGUAUGUUAAAUUGAUGCUCUCAUUGCAUUUAACAAUACACUUAACUAAAAACAUAACAUUAAAAAGCAAAAAAAAAAAUUAAAAAAAAAGGAAUCGAUAUUAGAAUUAUAAAUUAAAAAAAAAAACUUUUUAAAAUAUUUAAAAUAUAAAUUAAUUUAAACAUAAAAAAAGAAAAUAAAGAAAUAAGGAAAGUAAUAAGGACUUUGUUAUAAAACUUUUAUUUUCUAGAAAAAUAGUGAGAAAACAACAAAAGCAAAAUAAAAAAGCGUAUAUUUAAAAAAAAAGAAUUAAAAGAGCGUAUUUCCUUUUUUAUAAACUAAAAGGACUUUAUGUUGUUUAUUUUUCCUAUAUUUUUUUUUAAUAAUUUUGCAUAACGUUACUUUCCGCGUAAGCGUUUUACUCUUUAUGUUUAUUUUAAAGUCAAUUUAUUAUUAGAACAACAAGACAUAGUAAAUUAAUUAAAAAAUUUUUGUAAUUUUAUGAAAUAAAUUUUAAAAAUAGGAAAAAUUUAAAAAUGUGUAAAAAAAUUGAAAGCAAUUAUUUUCCUGAAAAAGAACAAAAAAAAAACUUUUUCACAUUUUCACAAUUGAAGUAUUUCCAAAUUGUUUUGGAGGACUCUAAACACUUUUUAUUAAAUUAAAUUAUAAAAAUAAAAUAAUUAAAAAAAAAAUAAUUAUAAAACAAAAAAGAAAACUAGCUUUAAAUUAUUUAGAAAUUGUCCAAAACAUUACAAGGGAAGUUCAGUGUGAAAUUGUGUUUUAUUUAAAAUGAAAAAAAUGAAAAACGAAAAGGAAAUAUUAAUUUUAUAUUGCAAGUUUGUAAAGAAACUAGAAAAAAAUGUUAAUUAAAAAUAUUAAAAUUUUGUGAUUUUUUUUACUCUAUUUUUUAUAUGUUAAAUUUUCUCUUUAUUUGUUUAUUUUAUGUGUCUUUUAAUUUUUUAAUAAAAUUGAACGGAGAUGAACAAUUUUAAUAAUUUUGUAUACUGCUUAUUUUUAUAAUUAAAUAAAUCAUCUUUUUUUACAUUUUUUUUUUUAAGUAAAAGUUAAAAAAUAAACUACCCUUAUAUUGAUAUGUAAUCAUUAAAAAUAAAAAAUUAAACAAAGAAAUAUGUAAAAUUCUUGUUUUUAGGCAAGUCAUAUGAAUUAAUUAUUGCAAAAGAAAAAAAAAUACAAUUUUUUCUAAAUGGGAUGAAUUUAAUAAAAAAAAAAACAAUUAAAAAAAAAAUAUUUUCAAAAAAAAUUUAGCCACGAUAAACACAACAUAAAAGAAACUUAAGAACGUACUGAAAUUAAAAAACGGAGACAAAAAGAAAAAAAAAACAUUAAUUUUUUUCAAAAACCAAAAAAUACUUUUAUAUAAAUUUGAAUCUAAUUUCUAUUUGAUUUAAUUUCCAUAGUUUUUAUUAUUCAAUAAUAUCAAAAUAAUUAUGUAAAAAUGCAAGAUUUUUCAACUAAACUUUAAUUGUUAUGGGAAGCUAAUCAACAAUUGUUCAAAUUUUUAAAUUAAAUUCAUAACAAAAAAAUCUUUUAUUGUUUUUAAUAUAAAUUAUAUUAUGUAAUUUUUAUUCUUUUAACAUAAAUGUAAUUUUAAUUGAAGAAUUUAAAAUAGACCAAAUUUAAGAAUGCAAAAUUUGAUUAGUUUCGAGUUUUCCGCACUCUAUUGUACUUUUUACUUUUUUUGUUUUUUAUAUAAUUAAUCAAAAUAUUUUGUAAAGUUUCUGUUGCAUCAAAAAUCAAAAUGCUAAUGAACUGAAACAAAAUGCUAAUGAACGAAUGAAAAAUUUAAAAAGUAAAAACAAAAAGAAAACAAAACAAUGGUUUGAUGCAAUAGAGCCCUAUUCAACAUUCUGAAAAAACUUUUAAUAUUUUCAUUUCAAUGAAUGUACUUUAAUUACUUACUUUAUAAUUUUUAAGUAUACAUUUUUUUAAUACUACAUAUUUCAAUAUAAUAUUUUUAUACAUUGAAUAUUAAUUUUAUUCCUAUUUUUUUUUUAAUGUUUGAUACAUAAAUUUCUAUAUUAUUUGCAUAUAUAAUUCAAAUAAUAGUUGAAUUCUAUAUUUAACGCAUUUUCAACCAUUAAAUUGUAUCAUAAUACAUUUUUCAUUAUUAUAUUCAAAACGAAAAAUGAAGUAGAACAUUACCUAUUGGUAUUUUCUAAUAUUUCUAUUAAAUUGCUAAAAUCAUGAUCAGUCGGAAAUUAUAGAAAAAAUUUCGCUAAUACAUAAAUUUUGUUUUAAAUUUUUUUUUAAAUUUUAUUUUAUUUAUUUUAAAAAAUUUUCAAUUUUACUUUCAAUAUUGAAUUUUAAAAUUGUAAAUGGAAUUAGUUUUAAAAUAUUGUCUUAUAAUUGCAUGUAGUAUUUAUCUAAAUUUUUUUUUUAAUAUAAUAUGAUUUUACUUAAUAAAUUCCAUACUAAGAAAAACAAAAAUAAAAACAUUUACUUUUUAAUAAUUUUUAUUAUUAAUUUUUUCAUAUAAAAUUUUAUAUUUAUUGCAUUCGAUUCUGAUAAGUUUAAUUCAGGCGCAUAUUCAGGAUUACAUGUUUUUAAAUAAAUUUAAAAUUAUCAUUAAAUAUUACUUUUUAAAUAAAAUAAAAUUUUCAUAUACUUAUACAUACAUUUAAAAUAUGAAAAAAUUAUUAAAUAAGUAGAAUUAUUUUCACUUUUGUUCACAUAGAAAUUGCAAUUAUUAAAAUUACUAUUUGUUUAAGAAUUUAUUAAAAAAGCUAAAAAAACAAAUCAUUCAUAAAUGUGAAUCCAAAUUCAUUCAUUAAUAAUAUUGUAAUUUAAAUAUUUUAUAGGAUUUUUAUUUAUUUUUCAUUUUACAAUUAUAAAAUUUCAAUUUUAUUUUACAUAUUUUUAUAUUUUAUUCAAUAUUAAUUUAAAAACAAGAAAAUUACAUUGUUAACAAAAUAAAUUAUGUAAUUAUAAAAAAAAAAAAAAGAAAUUGCAAUUGUGGUCAAUGAAAAUUAAAAAAAAGUGUGGAUUUUUUUUUUCGUCAAAAAUUUGAUUUACAUUUUUUUCCUACUUGUAAUGUAUUUUUCUAUAUAUAUUUUUUUCUAUUUUAUUAAUCGCGAAUUAAAUUUCAAAAAUUCAUAAAUACAGUGUAUAUUAAGACGCUGAAAUUUUUAUAUGUAUUUCAAACUUUGUACAUAUAUUUUUUUUAUUAUAUUUAAAUAAAUUGUUAAAAUCCAAAUAACAUCUUUUUAGUAAAAAGAAAAAAAAAAGGAAAAAAUAUUGAAAAAGUUAUUAAUGCCUAUUAAAAUAUGGAAAUAUGUUAUAAUUAGUAAAAUUAAAAAAAAAAAUAAAGUAAAGGAGAAGCACAAUGUUUAUGGGAAGUUUUCACCCUUUAAAAAAUUUUUCUAACCUAAAAUGAAAUUAUAUUUGUUAUGUAACCUAAUUAUUUCAUUUAUUUAUCGUUUAAUUACAAAAUUUUUUAAUUGAAUAAAAUUAAAAAUUAAAUUUUACUUUGAAAAUUUUACAAAAUUUUCAAAUAAUUUUUUUUUGUUUUCAAAACAAAAUAUUAAAAUUGAUGUUCUUUUAUCUGGCCAGAUUUUUAAACAAAUUUUUUUUUUUGUUUUGUUUUUUUGGUGCUGCUAAAUUUGUAUGUAUAAAAUUUAAAACAUACAAAAUAUUCAAAUUAUUUCCAUCAAAAUUCAUUUGAAAUAAAAUAAAGUGAACCAAUCAAAAACUAUAGAACAAAAUCUACAACAAUUAAAAAAUAAUAUAGAUAAAAAAUCAUCUAUAAAAUGUUUGAAAUAAAAAAUAAUAGCUAUAACAAAAAAAAAAAGAAAGAAAAUUUAUAAUGAUUUUCUUUUCAG